GGAUUGCCGAAUUAGGGCAGUUACGAUAUUAGGUUUUCACUAAAUUUUGAGUCCUCUGCUCUGCGCUCCCAACUCUCCACUCUACAGCGAUCUCCAUUCAAAUCCGCUGAAACGCCGCCUCCGUUACGCAAGAAAGUCUUUCCUUCUAGUAGUAGAAGAAGAUCGGAAGCAACAACGGGAGCUCGCUGGCUGUGAAGGAGCUCAACUCGUCGCCGAAUUGCUCCGAUCUGACGCGAACAGCUGGAUUUUGAGAGGCUUUAAAUGGCUGCCGCUACAGUUACAAACCUCAGAAGCUUUAAUAGUUGUGAGUGAAUGAGUUGGGCGUCAUGCUAAAAGAUAGAAAUGACUCAACGCUUGAUUGAUGAUGCAAAAUAUUUAAAUUCUACAUUUUCUAGUGUUCACUCCUUGUCACAGUCAUCUUCUCAUUCCCCUCUAAGAAACAGAAAUGUUUGUCAGUUGCUAGCAAGGAGGGAAAUCUCACCGAGGGCAAAAUGUUCCUCAAAAAAAAUAUGGGGCGAAACUUCAAAAUGGAGGGUUGAUUGCUCUGGGCCAAAGUGCGAUGUGACCGAUGCAAAACACGCCCUUCUUUCUUGGGUUGAAUCAGAGUCGUUGUGUCAUUUGUUAGCUAAGUACUGUCCUCUUCUUCCUCCCCCAAGAUCUACAAUAGCAGCAGCAUUUAGUUCUGAUGGGAAAACACUCGCUUCAACACACGGUGAUCAUACGGUUAAGAUAAUUGAUUGCCACACUGGAAGCUGCUUAAAGGUCUUGAGUGGUCAUCGUCGAACACCAUGGGUGGUUAGGUUCCACCCUCUAUACCCUGAAAUUCUUGCCAGUGGUAGUUUGGACCAUGAAGUUCGUAUAUGGGAUGCACAUACUGCUGAUUGCAUAGGGUCACGUAAUUUUUAUCGUCCUAUAGCAUCUAUUGCUUUCCAUGCCCAGGGAGAACUUCUUGCUGUGGCUUCAGGUCACAAGUUGUACAUAUGGACAUAUAAUAGGAGAGGGGAAACAUCUUCCCCAACAAUUGUUCUGAAGACUCGACGCUCAUUAAGGGCUGUGCAUUUUCAUCCACAUGGUGCCCCAUUUCUAUUGACUGCCGAGGUUAAUGAUCUUGAUUCUCCAGAUUCAACGUUGACUUUUGCAACUACAUCUGGUUAUUUGCAAUAUCCACCUCCUGCUGUUCUUUUUGCCAAUAUAAAUUCCAGUUUACAGUCUCUUGUGGAGGCUAAAGUGCCAGUAAUGCCUUCCCCAUACUUGUUUUUGCCAACAUUUCUGAAGGAUGAUGUUACAACAUCGUUACAGUUUGUUGGCAGGGGGGCUGGUGUUUCUGCAAAUGAUCAGCAAAGGCAACAAGAUGGCCCCGUAUCUAAUCUGCAAGGGUCACUGAAUUGGGGGAGCCAGCUGGACAAUUCAGUGACUCUUAUGGAAAUGUCUCCUGCAGAAACUCAUGGCUCUAAUUUUAUGGAUACCGAUUUUCAUACUUCGGCACCUAGAGUUGAAAAUUCAAAUUAUGGUUCACUUGUAGGGAGUACAGAUUCAACCCAUGGGCAGUCCAGUAGUUGGUUUCAACAUAGAUAUACUAGCAAUGCUGAGAGAACAGACGGGUCCAAUGCUUUACCAGUGGCUCUUAGGAUACCUAUCAGGCAAAGUAGAGCUGGCACAGACAGCAAUCUUGCCAUAAACUCCCCAAGCUCUUCUGGAAAUGCUGAAAUUCAAAUGCUUCUAAGGAGCAUGGAAGCAGGGCAAGUUCAGCAGUUUAUUCCUGUCACUGAUUCAGUUAGUUGGGAGCUUCCUUUCUUGCAGGGUUGGCUUAUGGGCCAAUCUCAUGCAGGCUUGCACUCAUUGCUCCCAGCGAACAGUACAUUUCAUGGUAAUCUUUCAACCGCCUUUGGAGCUGGCCCCAACUUAUUGGCUGAUCUGCAGUAUAAUCGCAGCAUGGAAGCUAUAAUAGCUCCUUCAGCAACAGUGACAACAGCAAACAAUUCCCGGGGAACUGGGCGGACUGGCACCCGUAGUCGGAAUCGCCGCACUGGUGCUGCUGAUGGUUCGACCUUUCUAAAUGCCCAGAGUGACGAACCUCAGCCUCAUUCUGGUCCAGCGGCCAUUGAAACUGAAAAUGCUUCUUCAUUGGCUACUGCAACAGCUGCAGAGUUACCUUGUACUGUGAAACUUAGAAUAUGGCCACAUGAUAUUCAAGAUCCGUGCGCUUCCCUAGAUCCAGAUACAUGCCGCUUAACUAUUCCACAUGCUGUCCUUUGCAGUGAAAUGGGCGCCCAUUUUUCUCCUUGCGGGAGGUUCUUGGUAGCUUGUGUUGCAUGCAUGCUACCUGACUUGGAAGGUGAUUCAGGAAUUCCAUCACAGGCGAGCCUUGAUGCUAUGGAUGUUACAACUUCUCCCACACGUCAUCCAAUUUCUGCACACCAGGUCAUGUAUGAGCUUCGUGUCUACUCACUUGAAGAGGCAACAUUUGGUUCAGUGUUGGCCUCAAGAGCAAUAAGAGCUGCUCAUUGUUUAACAUCUAUUCAGUUCUCUCCUACAUCAGAGCACAUACUACUAGCAUAUGGACGCCGCCACAGUUCGCUUCUUAGAAGCAUUGUCAUUGAUGGAGAGACUGCAAUCCCCAUCUACACGAUCUUAGAGGUUUAUAGAGUUUCAGAUAUGGAACUAGUUAGAGUUCUACCCAGUGCUGAAGAUGAGGUUAAUGUUGCAUGUUUUCAUCCUCUUCCUGGAGGAGGCCUUGUUUAUGGAACUAAGGAAGGAAAGCUUAGAAUUCUUCAUUAUGAUGGUGCACGAGAGAUAAAUGGCACGGGUUCAAAGCUUCUGAUUGAUGAAAACAUGCUUGAGGUGCAGAAGUACGCCUUAGAUUGCUGACCAAUGCUGACCAUUUGCAAGUUCUACCGGUGUUACAGUUAAAAUAGUUGCAAUGCUGACCUGAGAAGAGUUCCAGUAAAUUCCUAUUGUUUUAGCUAAAUUUGUCGUGGCUGGUUGCCCCAAGUUGCAUAAAGAACAUGCGAUAUGGGAGCUUUUCGAACGAUGUUAGCAUCUGUGCUGGGUACAUCAAUCCUCUCCAUUUUGAUUUUCCAGCAUUUUCCACCGGUCCAUAUGUACAUUAUUUUGAUGUAUUAUGUCAGUUAUCUUUUUUUUUUUCUUCCAUCUUUGUGGGCUUGUUAAAUUUGUUCAGCUUUUUGCCCCAUGCUUCUAGUUAGAAAAAUUAAAAAAAAAAAAUGAAAUGAUGAUCAUAACAAGGGCACUUGACUGCUGCCUAUGUUGUUGAAACCAAGGAAAAAAAGCUUUAUUUGGUUAUAUGAGAUUUCUGCUCAUUUGUCACCA